UACAACUGAAAUGAGGUAGAAAUUAGUAACAUUCUUUCUGCAAUAAAAUAUGCAUGGCUCAAGGCAUUGAAGAGUAGUCACCUACGCCGUCAUGCUAAGCUUUUAGCUUGAAGAAACCAACUCUAUAAAAGCCAAGGUGGCCUUAGAUUCUGGGCACCGAAUACUCCACAAACCUUGCAGCACUGUCAAUGGAGAGAGCAUCUCAAAUCACCCUCUUCCUGUUACUCAUCAUCCAUUCUGGCGUAGCUCAAAAUGCUACCACGAGUGGAACAGAUGAGUUCCCCGUUGGAGUGAUCCUCGACUUGGAAUCAUUGGGGGGCAAGAUGGCGCGGACCAGCAUUUUGAUGGCUCUGGAAGAUUUCUAUACAGUCCACAGAAACUACAGCCCAAAGGUAGUUCUCCACAUCAGGGGCUCGAAAAGUAACAGCGUAGAAGCUGCAUCAGCAGCUCUCGACCUGCUAGAGAAUUACAAUGUCCAAGCUGUCAUAGGCCCUCAAACAUCUUCACAAGCAGCAUUUGUAUCGGAUCUGGGGAAUAAAAGUCAGGUCCCUAUCAUCUCCUUCACAGCAACAAGCCCAUCUCUUUACUCUGGCAGUCUUCCAUAUUUUAUUCGUGCAACAUUGAGUGACUCUACACAAGUGAAUAGCAUUGCCUCCCUAAUCAAGGCCUACGGGUGGAGGCAGGUGGUGCCAAUUUAUGAAGAAACUGACUAUGGUAGAGGUGUCAUACCAUAUCUCAUCGACGCCCUCCAAGAAAUUGAUGCUCGUGUUCCCUAUCGGAGUGUGAUCCCUCUGUCGGCAUCUAAUGAACAAAUUACCCAAGAACUCUAUAAGCUAAUGACAAUGCAAACAAGGGUCUUCUUGGUGCAUAUGUCACCUGAUUUAGCUUCGAUCCUCUUCACAAAGGCAAAAGAGGUUGGUAUGAUGAAGAAAGGAUUCGUCUGGAUCAUGACAGAUGGACUAACCAAUGUCAUAGACUCCACAAACCCUUCUGUCAUGGAAGCAAUGAAUGGUGUUUUAGGUGUAAAGUUUUAUACACAUAAAUCAGCAGAACUGGAUAGCUUCACCAUACGCUGGAAUAGGAGAUUACAAAUUGAUAACCCAAAUGAUCCACCAGUGAAACUAAACAUAUUUGAACUCUGGGGCUAUGAUACUAUAUGGGCGGUAGCACAAGCAGUUGAAAAGCUUGGUAUUAAGAACAAGACAUCAUUUCAAAAACCAGCAGUUGCAAGAAACAUGACAAGCCUGGGAACAUCUGUUUAUGGCCCGGAUCUCCUAAAGACCAUCUUGCAAUACAAAUUUAGAGGUUUGAGUGGUCAUUUUGACCUUUCAGGCAGGCAGCUGCAAGCAUCUACAUUUCAAAUAAUAAAUGUAGUUGGUAAAGGGUGGAAAGAAAUUGGGUUUUGGACUGCAGAAAAUGGUAUUUCCCGGCGACUAUAUCAAGGAGAAUCAAUGCCAGAGCAUUCAGGCUUAGUUCCUGAACUAAACCCCGUGAUUUGGCCAGGAACAUCAACAGAGGUACCCAGAGGGUGGGAAGCUGCUGUAAAUGGUAAGAAGCUUCGAGUGGGAGUGCACGUAAGUGUAUACCCACAAUUUAUGACAAGUGGAAAGGAUCCUAUCACAGGGGCAACUAAAGCAGAAGGCCUUUCAAUUGAUGUAUUCGAAGAGGCAGUUAAAAGACUUCCCUAUGCACUACCUUAUGAAUAUGUAGCAUUUGGCACCACGAAUGACACAAGCACUGGAGGUUAUGAUGAUUUUGUUUACCAAGUUUACCUUAAGGUAGUAAGUGCAUCAGGGCUUCAACUUUCAGCAUCAAAUUUGCAAAAAGUAAAAUUAUAUGCAUGCCAUGAUUUCACUGCUCCCACAUUUAUGUACGCCCUCCGAUCCAUAUUACUUGUCGCUGCUUUAGUAAAGUUGUACUAAAGCAGCGACAAGUUAUAUGGAUCGGAGGGAUACUACAUUUUAGUUUAAUGCAACCAUGUAAAAAAUAAUAGCACACAACCCACCCAAAUAAUGUAUUGCAAUUGAGAGGAGAUGUUGAGCAGGAAUUUCAGUGCAUUGGGUUCUUUCUAAGCACUAGAUGGAAUGAGAUAGUGAAAUAGAUUUUUUUUUAAGUCCUUUCGGAUGAAAAUGGAAGAAUAGUAUGCAAUACAUCUCACGUGGAUAAAAUAAAUUAAAAGGAAUUUUCUCUUAUCCUCGUUUGUUCCUUCCUUUAGAUAAUACUUGAAAAUCCCCUUACAGCAACAAAUCCAAUUUCAAAGGGACUUCCUCCCCCUGUUGAGAAAAAUUUUCUUCUUCCAGUUCUUAUUUUCUCCAUUCAAUUCAGUUUUAAAAAAAAAUCCUCAAAAUACUUCAAUUGGUAGCUACGCGCAAGAAAUAGGCCAAUUUGGCAGCUUUUUGUUCAUUUUCUGAUGGAGUAAAAAAAAUAUCAUCAGUAAGAGUCAAGGGAAUGAUCCCCUGGACCUGGAUUUCCAUAUAAAGGAU